CAGCACCAGGGCACACCCACACUCCCUCCUGCCUUUUCUACCGCCUCCUCCACUCCUACUCAUGACCCCGCGUCAUCUUCACCCCUCACAGACUUCCCUGCCUCCACUAAGACAAACGCACUUCCUGCCCCAGCUUAAGUCUGAGGCGCCAGCCUUGCCGCCUCUCUCCGCCAGUCCUCCGCUCCCUCCAGCCUCGCGUUCCUCCCCCAGACCUGCCGCCAUCCUCUUCUCUGUUGCCUGUGCAGCCAAGACUCCGUCUUUUAGGCGGCCCACCGUCGCCUCCUCCCUCCUGGCUCUCCAGACCUAGCUCUUCCAGCUGACAGGGAGACAUCACUAUCUCCGCUGCCUCCGCGCCAACGCGGGUGCCACGCGCUUUCGUCGCCAACGCUGCAGCAGCACCGCCGCUGUUCUGAGGCCCAUCAUGAUCCCGCUGCUAACAGGUAGCAGGAAGCGGAAAGCGCCCGUUGUCGAGGCGGGGGCCGGGUGCUCGUCGUCGCAGAGCUUAGCGACAGCUGAGCAAGGAGAGGGGCUCGGGAUGUCCAAGAAGCAGAAGGGGCUGGCGGAGAGUCGCUCCGUGGUGCACUACCUGAAGGGCCGCGAGCUGUGCGCAGGGGGGUGCCCCAACCUCCGGAGCUUCGAGGUCGAGCUGCGAGCCUACGCGGUGCAGAAACUGCCUGAGCUGCUGACCGAGCGCCAGCUGUCCCUGGGCACCCUCAACAAGGUGUUCGCUUCGCAGUGGCUGAACGCCAGGCAGGUGGUGUGCGGCACCAAGUGCAACACCCUCUUCGUGGUGGACGUGCAGACGGGCCAUAUCACGCACAUCCCCUUGAUGCAGGACAAGGUUCCUGGGGUAGCCCGCCCAGAGAUGGCCUCAGGCAUCCACUCCAUCCAGCUGAAUCCCUCCAAGACUCUGCUGGCCACUGGGGGCGAAAACCCUAACAGCUUAGCAAUCUACAAGCUGCCCACCCUAGACCCGGUGUGCCUGGGUGACCGAUAUGGCCACAAGGACUGGAUCUUUUCCAUCGCAUGGAUGAAUGACACUGUAGCUGUGAGUGGCUCUCGUGACGGCACCAUGGCAUUAUGGCAAGUGGAUCCUAACGUGAUAAGUGGCAGCACUGCCUGGCACAAUGAUGGCAGAAUUCCAGCGUAUGCCCACAUCCGUCCGAGGGACAUUGAAUUGAUUCCCAGAGCCAGCACCAACCCUGGUAAUCGGAAAGUGCGAGCCCUGGCAUUCAGUGGCAAGAACCAGGAACUGGGAGCAGUGUCCUUGGACGGUUAUUUUCACCUGUGGAAAGCCCAGAGCAAUCUGUUCAGACUGUUGUCUAUAAGGCUGCCCUACUGUCGAGAGAACGUGUGCCUGACCUACUGUGAUGACUUAUCCCUGUACGCUGUAGGCUCCCAAUCACAUGUGUCUUUCCUGGAUCCACGCCAGCACCAGCAGAACAUCCGGCCCCUGUGCUCCCGAGACGGUGGCACAGGGGUGCGUUCGCUGAGUUUCUACCAGUACAUUGUGACUGUGGGCACAGGCCAUAGCUCCCUGAUCUUCUAUGACAUCCGUGCACAGAAGUUCCUGGAGGAGAGGUCCGCUCCCGGCUUGAAUGCCUGUCCGGGCUAUGUAGGGAGGAAGCUCAAACUCACCUGUGGCAGAGGCUGGCUCAACCAUGAUGACCUCUGGGUGAACUACUUCGGUGGCAUUGAGGAGUUCCCCAAUGCACUCUACACCCACUGCUACAACUGGCCUGAGAUGAAGCUUUUCGUGGCAGGAGGGCCUCUCCCUUCUGGCCUCCAUGGGAACUACGCAGGCCUCUGGAGCUAAGGAUCGCAGCUUCAUUCUCAAAGUGAACAAAUUUGUCUUUCUUUUCAAUUUAACUUUCUCCACUUUUCAUUUAUACUCAUAGCUCUCUAUGUCAUUUAUCUUCCAGGUGGAACUGACUUAACCUACCUGUAUUUAUUGUAUUAGGAGAGACA